AGCUAAACCCUUUAUUUCUCCGCGAGGCGGUCGGAGGCAGCAGCCGGGAACCACCGGCGUUUGGCCGGAGGAAGGUAGGCAGGUUGAAAAUAGUUCGGUUCUGAACGAGAGAAGAGAAAAUGGACAGGGCCGUCAGUCUGCCCAGCCAACCAGAAAAGGUCACCACAGUGAACCUGGUUGAGACCAGCACGGCCCCCAGUGGGAUGGAACUGGUCAGCUUCUAUCAGACCAACAGAGUGGGGGACCCCAUGGACCUGGUAGCUCUUGCCGAGCAAGUGCAGAAGGGGGACGACUUUGUCAAAGCCAACGCUUGCAACAAACUGACAGUAAUCGCUGACCAGAUCAGGUACCUGCAGGAGCAGGCCAAAAAGGUUUUAGAAGAAGCAAAGAGAGACGCUGACCUCCACCAUGCUGCCUGUAAUAUUGUGAAAAAGCCAGGCAACAUGUAUUACUUGUACCAGCGGCCGUCUGGACAGAAAUACUUCUCCAUCAUCUCCCCUAAGGAGUGGGGACCAAGCUGCCCUCAUCCGUUUCUUGGCGCAUUCAAGCUUCAGCCUGACAUGUCCUGGACUCCUGUGGAUGAGGUGGAGAAGAGGGACGCAGAGCUCGCCGUCAUGGGCAAACUGCUCAGCCACCAGACAGCCCUACCUCCAUACACGGGACCCAACUUCAGAGGUCUAGAUGAAUAAAGUCCCGUUUAAACUGGACCAAAAAUAUGAUCGGUAGCCUACAUACAGAUACAUGUCCCACGCAAGGAGAACCACCGUUUUGUCUUAGGCUGCCAUAAAUGCAUAAUGGCUUAUUUUCAAAGAAUGUGUGUUUUUCAUUUUCUGGAAAAUAUCAAACCAGGACUCAUGAGUGUGUGUGUGCUUAAUUUAAACAGUUUGGAAUGUU